GAGAUGGAGAAUGUAUUGCCAGGAAUAUCAGAAUGUCCCAGGGAAGCAGGAAUAUCCACUAAUGACUACACUCAGAAUAUGGCUUUCAGAAGCCAAGAAGCCAGGAGAUUUCAACCAAGACUCUCACAAAUACUAGAUACAAAUACUAGUCCAACAAGAAUAGAUCAGCAUCCAUUUCUUUCCCCAAAGGAAACUACUGAACAAUUGCAGAAUUUAAAUGAGGAAGAAACUCCUCAGCUGCAGGCUUUCAAGGAUUCAGCCACUUCAUCACUCCAAUCCACUGUGCAAGCUGAUGGGGCCAGUUCCAGAGAGCCUGUACCCGCCCAUAGAGACUGGCAGAGUGACGCAGACAACGGCCCAGAAGACCAUCACUCCUUAGGGACCAGUAGACUACUAUGUCAUAUUAGUGAUGGAGAUAAUCCCCUUCUGUCACCAAGCUGCUCAAUCUUUAGUCAAAGCCAGAGAUUUAACUUGGACACAGACUCGGCCCCUUCCUCACCAAGCGCUCAACCUUUCAUGACGCCAAGAAGCUCUUCCAGGUGUAAUUGUGAGGACUGCAAAGAACCCCAGACAGUAAUGCAACUUAGCAAACAUCUUCAAAGUCUCAAGAGGAAGAUCAGGAAGUUUGAAGAAAAGUUUGAACAAGAAAAAAAAUAUCGGCCUUCACACGGUGAUAAAACUUCCAAUCCUGAAGUCCUGAAAUGGAUGAAUGAUUUGGCUAAAGGUCGCAAACAACUCAAAGAGCUUAAACUCAAAAUGUCAGAAGAGCACAACUGUACCCCUCAAGCACCCCAAAGAAUUGUGCAGCAUGAGAGCACUGUCACGUAUACGGAGACUAAAAAGCAGGAAGCAGGAAGUACUGAACUAAAUCCGUCCAUUGAAGAAACAAUGGAUAUUGUAUUGAAGCAAUUAAAGGAGAAAAGACAACAGCUUAACCUCCCCGAGACAAUAAAGGAUAUGACAAAAAAGCAAAUGGCUUUGGAAAAAAUCAGUCUUCAGAAAUGUCUGCUAUAUUUUGAGAGUGUUCAUGGACGGCCUAUGCUAAGCCUGUACCUAUGGCCAGAAACCUGCCAGAGCAGGCCAAGAUACAGCAGAGCAUGUGGUGAAUUCGAAAGUUCCAUAGAACAUGAAGUAACUAAACAAGAGAGGAGUCUUAUGAAGCCCCUUUAUGACAGAUACAGAAUUAUCAAGCAACUGCUUUCAACACCAUCUUUGAUUACAACAAUUGAGGAAGAAGAUUCAGAUGAAGACCAUUCUCAAAGCAGCCAUGAAUUAUCAUCCGCUCCAGCAUCUAACCUUCAUGUGGAUGCCAAUCUGUGUUAUGCAGAUGAGGAGAAUGAGCCAACAUUUGUUUCACCUCUGGAUGAAAAAAAGUCAAUCAAACAACCAGCCCUAUCUCUGUCCAAUUUACAUGAGGCCACAAUGCCUGUGCUACUUGAACAUCUCAGAGAAACAAGAGCUGACAAGAAAAGGCUGCGCAAAGCUCUCCGAGAAUUUGAGGAACAGUUUUUAAAACAAACAGGAAGGACUCCACAAAAGGAAGAUCGUAUCCCCAUGGCUGAAGAGUACUCUGAAUACAAGCACACAAAAGCCAAACUCAGGCUCUUAGAGGUUCUCAUCAGUAAGCACGAUGUCUGUAAAACAAUUUGAACUCAAUGAAAUGCACUGCUAGUGAUUGCUAGAAAAACCCAAACAAACUAAAAGAAUUGUACAGGUCUGGA